AUGAAAACCAUUUUAUAAUCUGCACUUUUUAGAUUUCGUUGAAAUUUAAUUUUUAGACUUUUACCGGUCCCCGUAGCAGUGUAGCUUAUUAUAGUAGGUAUAAGGUACUGCUGGAAAAAUGUUUAAAGUAUUAUUAUUAUUAUUUGUAUCGACUUUAAUUCCUUAUGGAUCAAGUAUAGAAGAAUCUGGCGAUGAACCUGAGAAAUGGCCAUAUGUCGAACAAACAUUUGAAGCUGGUGAAGUGCAAUCACCUAUUAACAUACUUCCGCUUAAUGCUUAUAACGCAAGUUUAUCAAGUUUGUUAUACUUUCGAUAUUGGCGUGAAGAUAGCGUUGAAAUUAAAAUAGGACAAAACGGACGCGCACUUCAUAUUCAUAGUAUGACGUAUGAUGAUAUAAAUCAUAUUAGUGCACACAUUACUGGUGGACCAUUAUUCGAAAAAAAAUAUACAUUUUCUCACAUCCAUAUAUAUUGGGGUGCCGAAGGAGAAGAAGGAAGUGAACACCAAAUCAAUUCCCAGGGUUAUCCAAUAGAAGUUCAAAUGAUACAUUUUAAAAAUGAAUAUCUACAUUACGGAAAUGCUAUAUUAUUUACUGAUGGUAUUUGCAUUAUUUCAUAUUUUGGAAAAUUAUCAGAUCAAGAUAAUCCAAAAAUGAAUAAUUUUAUUAAAGCUGUGCAAUCAGUUCAAUUUCCCGAUUAUAGUUUUAUUGCAACAUUUGACGUUCACUUUCAUUGGUUGAUGGAAGUAGCUAAAGAUUAUUGCUACUAUUCAUAUCCGGGUUCGAUAACUGUAUAUCCACAUACUCAAUGUGUCACGUGGAUUAUAUAUGAAAAUACUUUCGAUAUUAGCCAAGGACAAUUGGCAGUUUUUCGAACUUUAAGGGGAACCAAAGGUAAUUUUUUAACAAGUGUAAGCCGUAGAGCAUUACAAGAAUUUAAUGGUCGGCCACUUUGUUAUGUCUAAUUAAAAUAUUAUUAACUCUACGUAAGUUAUUUAAAAUUUAAUUAUAUAGUGCCUUAUGUACCAUUGCAAAGGUAUAUUAUAUUAUGAUCGAGAUGAAGUAAUUAAAUCAAUUCAAUAUUUUAUUACUUCUAUAGUAAAUUAGGCAUUAGCUUACCUGUAUAAUAUAUAUAAUAUGUACCUAUAUUGUAUCUACCUAUGUUUAUGAUUAUAUAAAA